CCGGCUGCGGCCGGCAGCUGCACCACGUGGGUUUGUUUUGGUUGGUUUCGCAGAGCGCCCGGUUUCAGAGGCGCGCUUUGAGAGCGUCCUAAAAGCCUGCGUUUGCACGCCAACUCAUAGAGAAAUCUUGGCUAGACUUAAACUGCUUCAAGUGCACGUACGUGGAAAUCGUUCAAUCACAGCGUUUUUAAAUACCCUGCGUACUUAUGUGUUCAUCAAAGCGGGUGACAUGAAAGGUCUCGUGGCUAGCGCUCAAAUCGCCGUUAUGGCAUGCACGGCUGUCACUCUAGCGUGGAGGCGAAAGAAGAGGAAAUCCGUGCGCGCUCCGUUUCGCUGUUUUGGUCAGUAUCCCGGAGUGGGUACGUGCCGAUAUAUCACGAGGAUCUUCAUCUACAUCUGCGCCGUUACGCCAUUUUGCUUGGCACCAACCGACCAGCCGUUGGUCCUGCUGAGCGAUCGAGAGCUCUCCCUUCAAAAGGACAAGUUUGCUGAGUGGCUGCUGACGAAGUGUGCCCUAGGCAGCUGAACCCCGACCAUGACUGAUGUUAAUACCACCGUACCAACAGGAGCACCAGAAGAGCGUGCACCAGAAGAGCGCGCUGCCCCUCCUGAGCCGGAGACCAAGCGAGUCAUUCGAUUCUUGCCAGUAGCAGCGGUCAUCGGAGUGGUAGUCUUGGUGGCAGGCCUUGCCUUGUUGCUGCUGUCCACCCGUCAACCCCCAAUGAGGCUGCGGACAAUUGUCUCAGACGGUAGUGGCCCCACUGGCAGACACACCACCACCAGCAAGUUUUCCUCAAAGGCCCCCCACGCCAAGCCUGCACACAAGGUUUCACACAAGGUCAUUGGGCCUGCAAGUGUCCUGGCGAAAGUCAGCAGGCGCUACUUGCGUCGUACGCUGAGGUUUCUCUCUGGAAAGCCCCACCUGUCCGGCACAAAGUACAGCGAAGAAAAUAUUGCCGACUUCAUCGUUGAUCAGUUCCGCAAGCAUGGACUGGACACGGCUGAGAAAGUGCCCUACCGUAUUCUGCACCAGUAUCCCGACCUAAAGAAUCCAAACAAGGUGCAGUUGGUGGAUGCAGAGGGAAAAGUGCUUGACGAGGCAAAGUUUCAAGAAGACCCUGUUCCAGGUGACCACACCCACACCGUGGUGCCUGGCUACCUUGCAUAUGCACGACCGGGCACAGUUGAGGCAGAUGUGGUGUACGUUGGCUCCGGCACGUACAAAGAUCUGGACCUGCUGGAAGCCAACAAUAUAUCCGUUAAAGGUCGCAUCUGCCUGGCACGAUACGGUGGUGGGCAUCGUGGUGGAAAGAUCACCGUGUGCCAAGAACGUGGCGGCGUUGGAACCAUUCUCUUUCUGGAACCCUCCUUACCGAACACGACAAAUUUCUACCCAAACUCGACUGUUGUGGACGGCUCGGCGCUGCAGCGAGGGGCCCUGUUCACAUUUGCUGACCCCGAGACGCCUGGCUACCCGUCACUUGAUGGAGUUUAUCGUGACACCAAUAGCAGCGAACUGCCUCAGAUCCCGGCCCUUACUGUCAGCUACAACUUUGCGAGGAAACUGUUGGACCAGAUGGAGGGCGAAGUUCUCAACCUCAGUGGCGGUGCUCGGCGAACUGGACCCAUCAAAGGUGGCAGGAAACUGCGGAUUGUCGUGAAUAACAAAUGGGCGAGGCCCAUCGUCUACGAUAUCAUCGGCACCAUCAGAGGCCGCUUGGAACCUGAUCGGUACAGCAUCACGGGUACCCAUCACGACGCCUGGGGAUUUGGCACCAUCGACCCGUCGUCGUCGACCGCCAACAUCCUCGAGCUCAGCCGGAUGUUGGGUAAACAGCUGCAGCAUGGCUGGCGACCACGGCGCACGGUUGUGUUGGCGAUCUGGGCCGCGGAAGAGAUUGCCAUCGCGGGAUCUGGCGAGUGGGUCGAGGAGAAGCUGCUCCUUCUCAACCGAGGAGCCGUGGGCUACAUCAACGUAGACAACUGUGUCUCCGGGAUCAUGUUCUUCGCCUACGCCUCGCCUGUGCUGAGAAGCUUCCUCGUGGAAACAACCAAACAGGUCCCAUUCAACGGUACCCAAACGUUGCACGACUACUGGUACGACUACGAGCAUAGCAUCUCGAAAACAACCAAACCCCAGGUGUACCUGACCCAUGGAGGGAUGGACAACUCUGCCUUCAACUUCCUCGCUGGCGUUCCUUCAGCUAUCUUCACCUUCCGAGCCGACAAGAGAGUGUUCAAACUGGGCUCCUAUUCGUCCUACCACACCGCCUUCGAGACGAUUCGCUUGUUUGAGACCUGGGUCGAUCCGACCUACCACUUUAUGGAGGCGUGCACUCGAUUCAAUGGGAUGCUGACGCUGAUGCUCGCCGAGGCAGAGUUCCUGCCCUACGACUUCCGCACCGUCGCCGAGGAGAUGCAGAGUGGCAUCUCCAAGCUGUCCAAGUUCCGCGAGCAGCUCGACGCUCACGGGGUGCCCCUCGACUGGCUGAUCGAGGAGAGCUCUCUGUACAGCAAGGCAGCUCAGCAGUGGCACAACUGGCUGGAAAAAGCGAAACUAGGGGAGGACGACCGCCGGCGGGUCAACGACCGCAUGAUGCUGGUGGAGCGUGCCCUGCUGAGCCAGGCACCCCUGAAGGGCCGGCCGACAUUCCGGCACCUGAUCUUCUCGCCCCAGCUGGCCAACGCGUACGCGGGCACGGGCUUUCCCGUGGUCCACGACCUUGCUUACCAGGCCGGACGCCUGCCCGUCGCAGAGCAGGAGCCAAUCUGGGGCCGCGUGCGGUCCUACAUCAACAGGGCCUGCAUCGCCGUGCGAACUGCCCGCAUCCUGCUCAACCCCGACAUGGCAAUACCCACCGGAACUCAUUUGAACAAUACUCAUUUGAAUGAAACGUAAACAAAAAGGGAAAAAAUUUUUUUGGUUUGAGCUCACUGUAAUUUUCUCGACAUUCAUUCUUUCAACUGGCUUUUCACAAGAGGUAUUAUUGUUCAGAACACCCGUACCAUAUGCUUCCAGGUGUGUGAAUGUUUAAAUCUCGAAUUGCUUGUAAGGUACUUUAAGAAAAGAAAAAAAGGGAAUAGGUUGAGCUGCGUUAGUGAACUACCGUUCUACAAUACCAAGAAAAGCCACAUUACUGCAAGAGGAGGUUCGGCAACCAAGAAGGGACGAAAAAAACAAAAUCAAAUAUGGAUGGCAACAUUCCCUUGAAGGUCUCGCACCACCUUAUCAUACCUCAUGAAUCAUGACAUGAAUUUUCAUGGUGGCUGCUAGGGCUUAGAUAACGUCAAAUGCUAUUUGCAUUUUUUUGGGAACUUCCCCAGUCUGCAGCAUGACCCUAUGCAGCAUGGCUGCGCCUAACCUCUCUCCUGCCAACUUGGAUCACUAGGUACGUGCUACUGGGUAGGUAUGGCUGCUCUUCAGUGACCCUCUAUCACGUCGCCUUCGGUCAGUGGGUAUGUGCUGCUCUUCACUAAACCUCUCCGACGCCAAGUUGGGUCACUGGGUAUGGCCGCUCUCUCUUCAAUGACUCUUUCGUGCUAGCUUGGGUUAGUCGGUAUGUGCCACUGUGCAUGUGGCAUGGAUCAACCUACAACCUAUAAACUACAACCUUUGUCCGUAAGGUUUUGAGACUGAGUCCA